UGGGGCUUAUUGAGGGCUAUCGGGGCCUAUCGAGGCUUAUCGUGGCCUAUCAAGGCCUGUUGGGGUCUGUCGAGCCUAUCGAGGCCUAUUGGGGCUUAUCGAAGCCUAUCGGGACCUAUCGAGGACUGUCAGGACCUAUUGGGGCUUAUCGAGGCUUAUUGGGGCCUAUCGCGGCCUAUUGGGACCUAUCGCAGCCUAUUGGGGCCUAUCGCAGCCUGUCGGGACCUAUCGAGCUUAUCGAGGCCUGUCAGGGCUUAUCGAGAACUAUCGGGGCCUAUCGCGGCCUAUCGAGGCCUAUUGGGGUCUAUCAAACCUGUUGGGGCCUAUCGAGGCCUAUUGGGGCCUAUUGGGGCCCAUUGGGGCUUAUCGGGGCCUGUCGAGGCCUAUCGAGGCUUAUUGGGGCCUAUUGAGGCCUAUCAGGGUCUAUCGGGGCCUAUCGAGGCCUAUUGGGGCUUAUCGAGGCCUAUUGGGGCUUAUCAAGGCCUAUCGAGGCCUAUUGGGGUCUAUCGCGGCCUGUUGGGACCUAUUGAGCCUAUCGCGGCCUGUCGGGGCUUAUCGAGAACUGUCGGGGCCUAUUGCGGCCUAUCGAGUUCUAUUGGGGCCUAUCGGGGUCUAUCGAGGCCUAUUGGGGUCUAUCAAGCCUAUAGGGGCCUGUCGAGGCCUAUUGGGGCCUAUUGGGGCCCAUCGGGGCUUAUUGGGGCCUAUUGGGACCUGUUGAGGCCUAUUGGGGUCUAUCGAGCCUAUCGAGGCCUAUCAGGACCUACCAAGGCCUGUCGGGGCCUAUCGAGGCCUGUCGGGACCUAUUGGGGCCUAUCGAGGCCUACUGGGGCCUAUCAGGGCCUAUCGAUGCCUACCGAGGCCUAUCGAGUCUUGUUGGGGCCUAUUGAGGCCUAUUGGGGCCUAUCGAGGCCUAUCACGGCCUAUUGGGACCUAUCGCAGCCUAUCGAGGCCUAUCGGGGCCUAUCAUGGCCUAUUGGGAUCUAUCACGGACCUAUUGAGGCCUAUUGGGGUCUGUUGCGGCCUGUCGGGACCUAUCGAGCUUAUCAAGGCCUAUCGGGGCUUAUCGAGAACUAUUGGGGCCUAUUGCGGCCUAUCGAGGUCUGUUGGGGCCUAUCGAGGCCUAUUGGGGUCUAUCAAGCCUAUAGGGGCCUGUCGAGGCCUAUUGAGGCCUAUUGGGGUCUAUUGGGGCCUAUUGGGACCUAUCGCGGCCUAUCGAGGCCUGUUGGGGUCUAUCAAGGCCUAUUGGGGCUUAUUGAGAACUAUCGGGGCCUAUCGCGGCCUAUCGAGGCCUACUGGGGCCUAUUGGGGCCUAUCGAGGCCUAUUGGGGUCUAUCAAGCCUAUCGAGGCCUAUCGAGGCCUAUUGGGGUCUAUUGGGGCCUAUUGGGGCCUAUUGCGGCCUAUCGAGGCCUAUAGGGUCCUAUCGAGGCCUAUUGAGGCCUAUUGGGGUCUAUUGGGGCCUAUUGGGGCCUAUCGAGGCCUAUUGA